AAUCAUACAUAUAGUAUGUAUAGCAACUACUGGUAAAUAGGCUCACCAAACCGAUCAGUAUGCAUUUGGCCAAAGCCGACAACGGUCGAACAUAAGAAUGGACACGUUUAUAUCCAGUCUGGCGACCCGAUGGCGUUUCAUGGGUGAUAUUAUACAGUCGCUAUGGGGGGCACUGCUCGAUGUGAUUGGCGAAGAUCCCAGAACGCUGUGGGUUGUUGGCAGCACUGUGGUAAUUUUCAGUGUCUAUUGGCUGUACGCCAUUAUCUUCACCAUUAUGGAUAUUACAAACCGCCCUAAGUUUCUGCGUAAAUACAAAAUUCAACCCGGUCAGAAUGAGCCUGUCGAUCUGCAGAAGCUAUGGAAAGCCGUCAAGGUGGUGCUCUUCAAUCUGACCGUGUUAAAUCUGGGCUUUAGUUGGCUUAUGUUCGAGGUCGUGUAUAGGUAUCAGCAAAAUACGGAAAUUCGCGUUUUGCCUACUUUUGGACGCGCUCUCUUCGACUUUGCGUGCUUCGUAGUCCUGGAGGAGAUCAUGUUCUAUUAUUCGCAUCGUUUGCUUCAUCACAAGGCGAUCUAUAAGUAUGUGCAUAAGAAACAUCAUGAAUGGACUUCACCGGUGGCUGCCAUGACGCUCUAUGCCCAUCCCGUGGAGCAUAUUGUGGCCAAUUUGAUCCCGGUGGGCUUUUCAUUGGCCCUGCUGCGCUCGCACAUUGCCGUAGCAUGGAUGGUUUUUGCUUUGGCCAUCAUGAAUUCCAUGAACGACCAUGCGGGCUACAGUUUUCCUUGGUCCGGUGGAUCGGUGCGCUUUCAUGAUUAUCAUCAUGCCAAAUUCAACUACAAUUAUGGCGUCACCGGGUGGCUGGAUAAGUUGCACGGAACUUAUCGGGUGCCCCACAAAGAGGGUGCUGCAAAGGCACAGAAAGUAAAAACGUUACUGAAACCGAACCAACUAGUUAAAAAGAAAUCCAAAUAAUAAAUAUUUUUAAAAUACAUUUUAUAAC